CUCACAGUGGAUGGCAUGGGGCAGUCAAUCGAGCGGAUGGACUGGACGCUGCAACGCCAACACCACGACAUGACGGCGUUCUUUCGCGGCAUCAACUACGUCCCGCCGCCCUUUGACAGCACCUUCCUCGGCCAAAACUAUGAAGGCGAGGACGAGGAGGAUAACUCCUAUGCUCCAUCCUCCUCCCCCGACGAGGCCGACUUUGAAGAUGCGGUCGACGGCGAUCCCAUGGACGUCGAGGACGACGAGGAUGACGACGAGGACGCCGAUGCUUAGACUUUUCCUUUCUCUUCUUCCUAUGAUUGUUUUGAUAAUGCCAAACCGCCGUGAUCAAGUCGAACAUUGAAUAUACAAGGCGAAGAACGAAGAUAAGAGCAAGAGCUAAACGAAGACCAAGAACGAAGACCUUAAUCAU